CGUACCACCAUCACGCUUCAACAUCCUUCAGAUCGCGGCUUCUGAAAGCUCGCAGGACUGUGUACAUAGCGCGCUGUCCCAAGUGCCGUCCUGCGCGCUGAAGGCCGUCCCACGGCCCUGUACUUACGCAGACGCGCCCCCUCUCCUCCGCACCUCGCAGGCCUUCGCACACCCUAACCCCUGCCCAGCAUGUCUUUCUCGGAGAAAGACAGGAAGAAGGCGGCACUGGACCAGAGGAUGGGCCAGCUCUCUUCCGUCCUGAUGCCGCUACUACAGCUCGGAGCCCUGGGCUUCACGGCCUACGUCUUCAUAUACUCACUCGCUAUCGAAUAUCUUCUUCGGCCCUCACCAGACUUCCAAUCGCGUGGCGUCUUCCCCAGAAAACCCACUGCGGUAGCCCUCAUCACAGUAUUCUCGAUUCUCCUUCUAAUCCUCAUGGUGACCUGGAUGCGCCUUCUCCAGGUCAUCUGGACAAACCCGGGUCUCAUGCCGCUGGGCAAGCCCUCCUCCGAAAAACAAGAAGCGUCGCAAAAGUACUUCGAGAAAUACGACGCCUUCAUCGCCGACUACGACGGCGAUCCGCUCUGGUGCAAUAAAUGCCACAAUUUCAAGCCGGACCGCACCCACCAUUGCAGAGAGCUUAAUCGCUGCGUACGACGUAUGGACCAUUACUGCCCGUGGGCGGGCGGCAUAAUCAGUGAGACGACGCACAAGUUCUUCAUCCAGUUCGUUUUCUACGGCACGAUUAUUACGACUUUCACCCUGGUUCCGAUGGCGUACUUUUUGGCGGAGCGCAUACGACUACUGGGCUCUAAGCCAGCGACUUGGAUAGCGGCGACUGCCCUGGCGGGUAUAUUUUGCAUAUUUACGGGGACGAUGUUUUUCACGACGUUCUGGAAUCUCAGCAUCAACUACACGACGAUCGAAACCGUGCAAAGAGGCGGAGUACACAAUAUCGCGAUGCUGGCUACGGCGGGAACGUCGCGGAGUAAAAACUCGUCCAGGGCCUCGAGGAGCCCGAAUCAACAGCCGCCUACUGUGCUGAAGGAGGUGCAGCGCGAUGCCUCGCGUUCCUACGUUCUCUUCCAGACGCAACCGUUCGAUCACCCAUGGGAUAUAGGCACGUGGCCGAACCUACAGAGCAUCAUGGGCUACAGCAUCUGGCAGUGGCUCGUCCCGUUGAAGAUGAGCCCCUGCAUACAACACGACGAUAUUCGCGGCGAGUUUGGCUGGGCGCAAAAAGUGUUGGAUAUGGCUGCGGAGUAUCAGGAGGAUCGGCCCGGGAUGCAGAUACACCUGCUCUCCGACUCCCGACGGAGAAAUCGCUGAAUGUCUUCAAGGGAUUACUAGGUGUUGAGGUGCAUGGCGAGCGCAUAGCGGUUCAGGGUCUUGACGAUGUGACUGUUGGAAUGGCAUUCUUAUGAUACCCGAAGCGCAGCAUACUUGGCUUGACGUACAUAGCAUCACGCAGACCUAAUAUUGCAUUCCUUCGCAUCAGCCACUCUUCACGCUCUCACCACACCCAUUAGCGCCUUCCGCACUCCACUCUCGGUACGCUAUCAAAACGCCCUCAACGUUUCCCCCCCUACAUCCAACCACGGACGCUGCAUUACCGCUCAACGGCCACGGCUAUACCCGUCUCUCAACCACCCUUCCGCUCAACCACGGGCCGACCUCGCAUGGUCGCCUCACUUUAUCCCGAG